CAUUGUCAAAUCAGCUGACAGAAGUGGGUGCUGAAAAUUCGCCAGUUUCCCAGAAAAAACAUGCAAAAAACUCCGCUAUGCAUUACUUAGAUAUUUUACGUCAAGCACCCACGCACCAGGCACGAGGUAGAAUGUGAUCUUUGGCUGCGUCCGGUUGAAAACUUUAAAAUUUUAAAUAUUGGUCAGUCUUGCGCCAGUCGUCGCUUGGUGAGGAGUUCGCGCGUAGUUUGAACGAUCGCGAUGGCUUCGCUAGCCGUGUUUGAUUUUGACCGUACGAUCGUGGAUGCGGAUUCUGAUGCCACCAUAAUAAGUAGAUUGCGGGAACGGAAGCCGCCUCCGGAGUGGGAAUCUGGAAACCAUGACUGGACGCCUUAUAUGAGCGAUGUAUUCGAGCACGCCUACUCAGCAGGGUUGCACCAAGACGACAUCCUGGACUCUAUCGGCUCCAUGCAGCCCACUCCUGGGAUGGAGAGGUUACUGUCGACCCUGGCUGCUGAGGGCUGGGACAUUCUGCUGGUGACAGACGCGAACAGUGUGUUUGUGAAGCAUUGGCUGAAGGUGCAUGGCUUGGAGGACGCCGUGACAUCAGUGAUCACCAACCGCGCGUUCUGGCAGGCCGGUCGUCUGUACAUCGAGCCGUGCAUGCGCCAGACGGCCUGUGCUCGCUGUCCGUCCAACCUGUGCAAGUCUCUGGCGCUAGCACAGUUUUGCAGCGGUCGGCCGCCGUAUGCACGAGUCAUGUAUAGUGGCGAUGGCAGAAACGACUACUGUCCGUCGACGAAUCUACCUCCUCAUGCCGUGGUGUUCCCCCGCCGCGGCUAUCCCCUGGACGACCUCAUUAAGAAGACCCUAUCCUCGCCGACUCCCCAGGUCAAGGCCAAAGUGGUCCCGUGGGAGCACUGUGAUACAAUCCUACGGGAACUGUUCCCGGGGAAGAUUGUGUAGUUUGUAGUCUUGUGGUGUUUAUUUACGAGUUAACUGUGCACCUGGCUGUGACGUCACAUCGACGCUCUGUGGGCGUAGUGUGAGUUUACGUCAAUAGCAUUCGAUAUUGACUGCGUUAAAAAUAUUUAUGAAGAUUUUAGUUCUUGAAAGUUUCCGCUAGGGGCGCUGUUCGUUCGUUCGUUUCAGCCGAAAGACGUCCACUGCAGGACAAAAGCCUCCCCCAGGGAUAUCCACAAAGACUUCACCAGAAUGGGCCUCAUAAGAAGGCUCAAGGUCACCCAAAGAGCGGCGGAGCGUGCUAUGCUCGGAGUUUCCCUGCGUGAUCGAAUCAGAAACGAGGAGAUCCGCAGGAGAACCAGAGUGACUGACAUAGCCCGCAGAAUCGCUAAAAUCAAAUGGCAGUGGGCGGGGCACAUAGCUCGAAGAGCUGAUGGCCGCUGGGGCAGGAAAGUUCUUGAGUGGCGACCACGAGCCGGAAGACGCAGCGUGGGCAGGCCUCCCACUAGGUGGACCGACGAUCUGGUGAAGGGGCGCUGUAGAAUCUGUCA